AUGGCCGAGUAUCCCUCCAACAGCCGUGCCCCAAUCACAAUUACAGAAUACAUAAACACUCAAAAGGAACAUGGAAGUUGUUCAGCAGAGUUUAAAGACGCAGUCAAAAGGACUUCCAAAGCUGGAUUGUUCAUGGGUGUACCAUUGGGACUAUGGGUGUCAUACACGUCGGUUUUGAUUUCUUUCGUUGUGUAUAAUAUAUUAUGAAACCUUUCGUAGUUUCUGUACUGUAAAACCCAAUUCUUAUCUUUUUGGUUACUGUUAUAAAUAUUACGACUAAGCAAUUUUCAGAAGUACCGGAAAACCAACUUUAAAUAGGAUCAAGCCCUACGUGGGAAAAACCUUGUACGUAACACUCGCAUCAGUAAUAACGUUCGGAGGUAUUGGAGUUAUGAUCGGUACAUACAAUUGUCUACGUGUAGUUCGAAGUUAG